AUGCGGCUGCUGAGCUGGAACGUGGCCGGGCUCCGGGCCGGGCCGGGCCCCGCGGGGCUCGGGGCGCUGGGCGGGGACGUGAUCUGCCUGCAGGAGACCCGCGUCACGCGGGACCUGCUGGAGGAGCCGCUGGCCAUGGUGGAUGGCUACAACUCCUACUUCAGCUUCUGCCGCACCCGGAGCGGCUACUCAGGUGUGGCGACCUUCUGCAAGGACAGUGCCACCCCGCUGGCGGCGGAGGAGGGGCUCUCCGGGCUCCUGGCCCGGCCCGGGGAGGGUGGCGCCGUGGGCUGUUACGGAGACCUAGGGGCCUUCACGCACCAGGAGCUGAAGGCGCUGGACAGCGAGGGGCGUGCGGUGAUCACCCACCACCGCAUACGGACGUCGGCAGAGCAGGAGACCACCCUGACGGUGAUCAACGUGUACUGCCCCCGGGCCGACCCCCAGCGCCCCGACCGCGUCGCCUACCAGACAUCUUUCUACCGGCUGCUGCAGGGCCGGGCCGAGGCGCUGCUGAGAGACGGUGGCCACGUCGUGAUCUUGGGGGACAUCAACACAUCGCAUCGGCCCAUCGACCACUGUGAGCCAGGGGACCCGGAGGUGUUCCGGGAGCACCCAGGCCGGCGCUGGCUGGAUGUGUUCCUGUGGGCGCCAGAUGGGCAGGGGCUCUUCGUCGACACCUUCCGCCUCCUGCACCCCAGCCAGCCCUACGCCUUCACCUGCUGGCGCAUCGACACCGGCGCCCGGCUCACCAACCACGGCACACGGAUAGACUACGUCCUGGCUGACCGGGCCCUGGCGCUGGCCGAGCUGCGGGAUGCCCGCGUCCUGCCCGAGGUGCCCGGCUCUGACCACUGCCCCGUGUUGGCUGAGCUAGCGGCCACCUUUCUGCCAGCGCCCCGCUGCCCCCCACUCUGCACCCGCCACAUGCCUGAAUUCGCCGGUACCCAGCAGAAGCUCAGCCGGUUCCUGGUCAGGGUGGAGCGGGGAGCAGGGGCCGCGGGAGGCCGUGGGACGUGUCGAGGGGCGGGACCGGGGUGCUCUGCACGGAGGGGGAGACGCCUGCCCAGGGGGCAAGCGGACCUGCUGCGCUAUUUCAGAGCCGCACAGAGCCAGCUGGGGACAGGCACGGCCCAGAAUGCACCGGGGCAGGGCGGACAAGAGUCGGACCAGAAUGCCUCAGGGCACGGGACACAGGAACCAGCCCAGGAUAUACUGGGGCAGGUCGGACAACAGGAGCCCUGCAAUGGCAUGGUGCCCAGGGAGCUGACAAUGGGGCAGGCGGUGGGCACCAAGCCCAGCAGCACAGCCCGCUGGCGCGCGGUGCUGCCCGGCCCGGCUCCUCCGCCCUGCUGCCCAGCCCAUGGGGAGCCCUGCGCCCUCCGAACCGUCCGCAAACCCGGCCCCAACCGCGGGCGGCGUUUCUAUGUCUGUGCCCGGCCCCCAGGGCGCCCCAACGACCCCCGUGCCCGCUGUGACUUCUUCCGCUGGGCCGGCAAGGGGCGCUCGUGAGCAGGAGGCACGGGCUGGAGCAGCUCCUUCUGGAGGUUCACUCCAUGGCUCCUGUAUGGGGGGCGCGGAGGAGGAAGAAUCCCCCUCCCAGUGCCAUGCAUAGGAAACUGGGAGCCUGGGCUCCCUCCCUAGGUCUGGUGGUUAGAGCCAGGACUCCUGGGUUCACCACCGCCUUAUGGUUUAAACCCACCAAGGUACCUGCUGUUGGUGCAGGGCAUUGUGGUCCUGUUCCCCCUUCCUCACCCCGUAAACCCUUCAAUUCUAUUUGUAACUCUUGGGUUUUGUAUGAAAGAGAAAACUCCGUCUAUUUUUAUA